AUGUUAUCUACUAAAGUGACUAGUAAGAAGUGGAUAAGUGAAGAAACUCCUGAUGAGGAGGAACUGUUCGCUCAUUGUCGGGAGAUGGAAAUGGUUUGUUUUGCUGUAACUAAAGUGAUAUUAGACUCUGAUAACAAAUGGAAGGGUGCACUUGGUAAAAAUAAUUCGCAUUCGCUGUCCAAUCGGAAUUAUAUUAUGGAAUUAGUUAAUAUACAGGUAUUAGAUCAAAUAAUAGAAUAUUUAACGAAAUUAGUGAAAUCAUUUUACAAAUUGAAUCCGAAGUUGGCUCGUUUGAAAAAAGACAAUGGAUUGCUUCAGAGUAAACAUGAUCAUAUUUUUGAUAAAUUGUGUAGCAUACGGUUUGUGAUGUUGCAAAGUAUACAUGGACUUAUAAAUACUAUACUGAACACAUGUCUACAUCGAGAGGAUUCCAGGAAAAUGAUUGAAUCUUGUUUGAGCUUGGUUGGAAUAUACAAUGACAUGAUCGGCUUAAGUUAUAAGAAGUUCGCCGCGAAGUUUAAUAUCGGAAGCAACUCGUAUCCGAACAUCAUUAGUGAAACUAAAAAUUUAUCUUUAACGAAAAUUGUUCAAGUUCUAUCAAAAAGUCGCGCAGAAAUCAACUGUCAACGCUUAAUUAACUGUUUAGUGAAAGUGUAUCAGCCUGACCAUAACUCCGAUAAUGAUUCUAGUUCUAGUUCGGCAGAGAGUCUGGAAAUAUAUCACACACUAACGAAGCACAUCACCCCACCAACAUCAACAAUGUCUCGAAAUAUGGUAGUUGACAAGCGAAGAGACGCAUUCAUAGUUAACAAAAAAUUGAAGAUGAAACAAGCUCAGAGUCUUAUAGAAUUGAAAAAUGAACACAAUAAACGGCUAAACGAACUGGUGGCGACUCAGAAUUCUGAUGCUGAAGUACCUUACAUGUCACUGUUGACCAAUGAGUACACUUUAGAACAUAUUUUUAACACCGAAGACAAUAUAAAUAGUAUACUGCAAAGUGAAGAAAUGUACAUAGAAAUACUUUUAGAUACGGUAGCAAAUUUGUCACCAAACUUAUUGGGACAAAAUGGUGUAAAGAAGUUAAAAAAUGGUAGAAUUCAAGCCAGCAAGAAAGCAGCUCAUAAAGUAACUGAAUAUUACCAAAAUAUACUUUGGGGUGAUGUCGGAAGCUGUUUAGAACACAUCGUUCUAUGGUGGUCACAUUAUCCAUUGGCCAUGAGAUCACCAAAUACAAGUCAAAAUCUUCGUGAGUGGUUAUUUGCUACGUUCAAUGUUAACAAUACUCCAGAACUAAUAUUAUCAGCACUGAGAAUAUUGGCGGAUGCUCUAGGAUGUCACGUAACAUCCACAUCUUGGGACAAAUAUUUUGGUGCAACUCUUACUACAAACUUAAAAUUAACAACGUUAAAAAUCAACCCUGAGAUAUCUUUAUACAUUACGGAGAGUACAGAGUCUGGUGCAAGUUUCGCUUUAAUGCUGCAAUCCUUGGUUACACUAAACAACCAAUGCGAAGUCACGUGGGACUACAUUCUAGGAGCCCCACUGGAAGACUUACCUAUUGUCGAACAAAUACCUAUUCUGCAUCGAUUAGAUCACUCAAUCCACACGUACCGGCUAUGGUGUUUGGCGGAGACACGGCGUUUAGCCAACUUGUGGGAAAUGAAAGACUUCUUCCGUAUCGCACACAAUGACAUGCAAGCUUGCAUGGAACAACUAAUCAACUUAAGAUUUGCUGACCAUACAGUUACUAUUGAAUCAGGCAAAAUUGGAGUUCACGAAAACGUAUGCGCCAAGAUGAGGGAGAAAUUGGUAUCAGAAGUAAAAGUCAACAUACAAAAACUAAAGGACGCCACAGACGAAAUAAUCCAAGUGUUAUCAUCAGUAUGUACGACCACAAGCCUAGCCCACCUGACCAUGAUAUUCCCGAGCAACGCGGAGUGGCGGCUCGUCACCAGACCACCACAAACUAUACACUCCAUUUAUGUACACGAGUUCCUAAAUAAAAUGUUGUUACCGGUAAUAAUGGCGACGCAAGACAUAACGACUUUGAACAUGAUACUCAGAAUAAUGUGCGAGUCUUGGCUACAUCAUAUCUACGUCGCUAAAGUUAAGUUCACAAAAGAUGCAGCGAUGCAACUGUUGCAUGAUUUUAACGAAGUAAGGAACUGGUUAAGCGAGUGCAAACAACUUGCGACCGCGUCGAGGAAACAAAUGCUACAGAACGAAGUGCUAAGGAGAUGUGAAGGAGUGGGCAGAUUACUGCUGCAUGCUCCUGGAGAUUUAAUAUCAAUGCAAGACUCCACUAUGCAGUCCGCACAACAAGUUCGGAAGGAGGCAUCAGAAAACGACACACCAGAACAGCUGAUGCCAGCCGAGAUGUACGUUCCUAAUCAGAAGCAAUGGCUGACGUUACGAGCUAAGAAAAUGAAAGGACCAAUCGCUUUUACUCUAUGCUGCGUUGUAUUGUACUAA